AUGAAUCAUAUCCCGCUGCCACAGGCUCCAGCACUCGCCCACAUCGAGAUCCCCGUCUACGAAAGCGAUUCAAACCCUUAUCGGUAUACUCAGCCGUGGUUGUCCUACCCGGCCAGGCACGGCUUCGACUUCAUCGCGAUCCAAGUUUCUGAUGAGCUGCACGAAUACCCUGGAGGCUUGAGGAGCAAUCUCGCCGCAUUCGUCCAGUCAUGGUUGUUCUUUGGUGUCCUGGAAGAAUUCCUCGGCGUCAAACAGGAUCAUGACGAAUGGAUCGUCACUACGGAGAAGGGUCAUCGAGUUAUUCGCACUUCCCAGCUCUGCGGAAAACUCGAUGCAUGGCGGGCCAGGAUCAAGCAACUUGAUGGCAAUCAGCAGCUUGAAGUCCGGGCCGGAAUUGAUCAGGUUCUUGGUCACAUGGAUUCUAUGCAUGCUACUCUCAGCUGGACUACUGCAAACAUCGUCCAGACUGUACAGGUUGGCAGUGGCUCCUACCACUCCGAUCUCCUCCCUGAUGAACUCAAUCUUUCACUUGAUGUCCUUCACAACACACUGUCUCUGGCACGCAACGUCGUGUUUCCGGACGCCCAUCUCCCGAUUCCGACCUAUACCAAUUCGCGACUCGUCCACGAUCAACUUGCAAAGAAUGGAUGGUGUUCAAGUGAGGUCUCACGCUUAAACCAAGAGUGUUCUGUGGUCAGCGGCUAUUUCUCCUCCAGACUCAGCAUCCUGGGAUCGCCCACCAUCCACUCCAAGUGCUCACACUGGCAAUGUGAAGCAUGGCAAGUCGAUCAAUCAAAUUACCGACCAAAGCACGUCAAUACACUGUGUGACUGCAUGUUUGUCGGCCUUCCCACUGAAAGGAUUGCCGAGAUCAUUCGCGUCAGUCAAAUCCCAUGUCUUCGCCUUGACCGCCGCGGAACCGGGUUAGAAUUAGUUGCCAUUGAUCAGAGAACACCAAUUCGCUUCACUGCUAUUUCGCACGUCUGGGCUGACGGGCUAGGUAACCAUGCCGCAAAUGCCUUGCCCCAUUGCCAAGUUCGGCUGAUUCAAGAACGAGUCAACAUGAUAGCAAACGCAGGGAGCACGCCUCUCGCUCCCUCCGAUGAUCAACCAUUCUGGAUGGAUACUUUGUGCAUCCCUGUUGGGAGCGGAUUCGAAGACGAACGAAAUACAGCGAUUGCGGAGAUGGCAACCAUUUACAGAAGGUCUGGAACGGUGCUUGUUUUGAACAAUGAAUUGAAUAGCAUCUCUGUUGCUCGCAGCCCCUGGGAACUGUCAGCGCGCAUUACGCGGACCACUUGGUUCCGACGUCUUUGGACGUUACACGAGGCUGUUUUGGCAGAGAAGACAGUCUUUCAGCUCCAGGACGGCUCGGUCGACCUUUCGGAGCUUCAAACGGUAGUCCAAGAAUGGGACGACUCGUCGAAGUUUCAAGAUCUGCUGUGCCGAAUGAUAUUUCUAGAAGCCUGUCAGCCAUACUCAAAGCUACUUUUGUUCAAGUCUAAAUCACUCUCCACCCGAGUUCGAGAUAUCUGGACCGCUGUUCAGUGGCGCAAUACGAGCUACCAAGAGGACGAAACUAUAUGUUUCGCCAACAUGCUUGGUCUCGAUCUCUCUUCAAUCCUCGCGGUCAGCCGAUACGAGAGCGAGGCCAAGAUCAAACGAAUGAAAACGUUCAUCCUUCUCCAGAAGUAUUUCCCCCAGGGCUCUAUCUUCCAAGGUGAUUAUUCCGAUCUGACGAGACCUUCGACAACAGCACUUGUUGGAUUAGAAUGGGCACCUCAAUCUUUCGUCUUUCGCACGCGGAAGUCGGCUCCUGAACAUCCUGACACUCAGCUUGCUUUGGCCGAUGAGCUUGGGCUCCACGUAUCACUAGUCGCUCUCAUCCCGGACAAAGGGUGGGAUAUCUUCACCCAGGCAGAAAUGAACUCCACCGUGGUGGGAGAUUUGCACCAGGCGUUCUUCAUGAUGCCUUUGGAAUGGGAUUAUUUUUACGUCGUGCGCUGGGACAUGGCCCGUGGACGUUGGGAUCUCGCCAACUCACUGCGCCACAAGACCUUUCCUGCUCUCAUCCUACAGCAAGACAUUACCUUGGUGACUGAUGAAGCCCUAGAUCUGGGCGAAGCCGUUGGUCGCAAGGACGGUACCUCCAUGACGCGCAUGUUCGACGGCGACCUGAUCGCGGAGGAAGCCCGAGAAGAAGUGCUGCGGGAGAUGAUGAUGGAGGCCCGGGGAGAAACGGUCGAAGAAGAUUAUACACCCGAGCGUCGAAGCUUCUCAGCCUCGACUCGAGCAAUCAUUGUCGCCGCCAGUGUCAUGGACGCAAGCCCCGAUACCAGUAACACAACAGACUCACUUCAAGACAAGCGUCCCCGAGCGAAGGGCCCGAAUUCAAAUGUCGCAGUCGAGUACCAGGCGCGGAUCAUCCAGCACGUUGAAGUCCAGAAAGAGAUGUUCUCGACGUACACCCGCGCGGCGUGCAAGCAGAUGGAACGAUAUAAUGGCUCUACACAUAGCAUUAAUUCAUGUGAGAAAUGGUCGGACAGGGUGCGAUGGUGUAUUCAAUAA